UCUCGCAGUAGUACAGCGCGCAGGAGGGAGAAAAAAGGGAUCCAGAAAGAAGGCGCUUGGGAACUCGGAGGGCACUUUGGAGACGGGAUUUUAUACAAACCGGGAAAACCCGGAGGACACCGUGAAUCAAAGGAGAAGGAAAGGAAAGAAAAGAAAAAUAAAUGCACCUGGAUCUUUACUCCGCGACUCACGAGUCGAACGGCGCCUUUGUGGCAGUAGAAGCGCGUAUAGGAGACGCUCAUGAUGCGGAUUGGAGAGGUUUAGAGGUUUGAAUUCGGGGCAGCUGAGUGUGCACAUUUCCCGGAGAGAAAGAGAGAGAGAGAGAGAAGGAGAGAGAGAGCAGACCGGAUUAUAUGCGGUGUGUGGAGACGUUAAUAACGGCCACGCGAGCCGGAGUGGGCGGCCAACUUCUCCAUGAACGUCCGCGGGAACGGGAAACAACUUUUGACAUGGCUAUUGUUCUGGAUUUUGGCACUUUGUACUCGCUGAUAUAUUACCACAGGCCCACAUUUUGAACAAAGACGUGGCAGGAAGAUGGAUUAAGAAACUUUUUUUGCGUGUACCGCUUGAGUAAAGCACCGGGAUUGAACCGCUCUCUUUGAUGGAGUUUUACGCUGUCCAGAGGGCCUUGGAUGGGAUUUCUACUCCGCAGCUGGAUGGCACACCGGCGGAUCGCUACCGUUUGACCGGGACACCGUUCAGCUUCCAGAUCGCGACCGAGCGACCGGGACGAUCCGGUCUGGACGCGAAGCUCGGAAGGGCACCUGGAGGAAGACGCGCACCUCUUUGAGGACUGUGAUUCUUUUAUUUUAUUUUUUUUGAUUGUUUGUUUGAGUGUGUGUGUGGAAGUGUUAAACCCCGUGUCCCUGCCCUGCAAACGUGAUUGCAGGCAGGCAUGCAGCUGAACCGGCCCAGGAGCGCGCUGAUCGGCUUCAGCCCGCCGCCGCCGCCUCCGCCGCCAUCCGAUUCGCACCCGUCCUUCUCCAGCCAGUUCAAGACGAUGCGCUUUUCCUAUCAUCUCAGCCCGCAGCCCGGAUCCCGCAGAACCGGCCCGUCCACAUCCAGUCCUCGGCUCCUGACUAAGAGUCUGUCUCUGGAGCCAGGCCCGUGUCCAGGAGCUCACGAGGUCCCUCAGCGUCUCUGUUCGGACCCCGGGCCUCUGGGACUGCAGCAUUGCAAUGGCACCAGCGAGAACGAACCUCAAAACGCCCCGCCUUUACCCCCUAAAACACGGCCGCCGUUACCCGGUCCCAAACCACAAGUGCCCCCGAAGCCACCACAUCUUCAACAACAGAGCGGCCGCCGACCCCGGCCCCCGGAUAAACCACUGCCUCCGCCUCCGUCCCGCCCGCUCCCAGCAGACCCUCGCCAAUCACGGACAGGCCUGCCACGGGCCGAGGGAAGCUCCUCCCCAACGUGUGUGCUGUCACUCAUCGAGAGAUUUGAGAGGGAGCAAAUCAUCAUGGUGCCUGAUAUCACAGGGGGAGUGAUGUGUGUGCCGAAGGUACCUGAACCUCAGUCCGCUACGGAUGCUACAGACGCUACGGACACUAUGGACACUACAGAUGCUGUUUUACCCUGCACUUCUCUCAGUGAGUCUGUGGAGCCUCCUUCGGUCGAGAAGGAGCAGGAGAUAGAAGCAGAGGGAGAGCAGGAAAAAGAGGAGGACAUCAAAGAGGAAGGGGAGGUUCAUGAGGACAUAGAGGAGGACGAUAACGAGCUGGGAGCAUCCUGCUCGGAAAAGAGACUCUCUACAGAGUCCGGUUACGGCGCCUCCGACAAACUCCUGGAUGCAAUGGAGAUAAGAGACCUCAGCCAAUCGGAAAUCCCCCCUGACCGCCUGUCCCUUCCUCCGCAGCAAACAGACACUAAACUCGCCAAUCGGGACAGCGGCAUCGACAGCAUCAGCUCUCCGUCUCACAGUGAGGAGCUGUGCUUCGCCGGCGACGACAGAGAGGUGUGCAUGUCUCUUCCUCGCCUUUCCUCCUCUUCCUCAUGCGGUUGUGUGGAAGGACCUGCAGGAGAAGGAGCUGUCGCUGCCGUGGAGGAAGGAGCAAGGGACUCGGAGGGAGACAGCGAUUUGGAAGAAGGGAGCGGGGAUGAGAGCGAGAAUGCCAUGGCCAUACAGCCUCAACCCAAAGCUGAGAGACAGGACUCUGUCGAGCUAUCAGUUCAGCAGCGUGUGUUUAACAUCGCCAACGAGCUCCUCCACACGGAGAAGGCCUACGUGUCCAGGCUUCACCUCCUGGACCAGGUGUUCUGUGGGCGGUUGAUGGAGGAGGCGCGAGCGCGAGGCUCUUUCCCCUGCGAGGUGGUGAUGGGCAUCUUCUCCAACAUCUGCUCUAUCUACUGCUUCCAUCAACAGUUCCUUCUGCCAGCGCUGGAGAAACGCAUGGAGGAGUGGGACGUGAACCCCCGGAUCGGGGACAUCCUCCAGAAACUGGCUCCAUUCCUGAAGAUGUACGGCGAAUAUGUGAAGAACUUUGACACAGCCAUGGAGCUGGUGAACACCUGGAUGGAGCGCUCAUCGCAGUUUAAAGCCAUCGUUCAUGACAUUCAGAAAGAGGAGAUGUGUGGAAACCUCACCCUACAGCACCACAUGCUGGAGCCAGUACAGCGGAUCCCUCGGUACGAGCUCCUGCUGAAGGACUACCUGCACCGGCUGCCUGAGGACGCUGAGGAUUUUAAAGAUGCGCAAAAAUCUUUGGAGCUGAUCGCUACAGCAGCCGAGCAUUCCAACGCAGCCAUUAGGAAAAUGGAGCGCAUGAGGAAGUUGUUGAAGGUGUACGAGCUGCUCGGGGGAGAAGAGGACAUUGUGAACCCGACUAAUGAGCUCAUUAAGGAGGGACACAUCCUCAAACUGUCAGCCAAGAACGGAACCUCGCAGGACAGAUACCUCAUACUGUUCAACGACAGGUUGCUGUACUGUGUCCCUAAACUCAGACUGAUUGGACAGAAGUUUGGAGUGCGGGCGCGGAUUGACGUAGACGGCAUGGAGCUGAAAGAGACGAGCAGUAUGAACGUACCACGGACUUUUCUGGUGUCAGGAAAACAGCGCUCUCUCGAACUGCAGGCCAGGACUGAAGAAGAGAAGAAAGACUGGAUUCAGGCGAUCCAGGCCACUAUCCAAAGGCAUGAGCAGAGUGUGGAGACGUUCAGGAUGUUGAACUGUUCAGUGCGUGAGGACGACUGCACGCCCCCCAACUCUCCGAACUGCACAGAGCUGGGAAAGCGCGCUCCCACUCCGAUCCGGGAAAAAGAAGUGACACUGUGUAUGAAAUGCCAGGAGCCGUUCAACUCCAUUACCAAGAGACGCCACCACUGCAAAGCAUGCGGCCAUGUGGUAUGUGGAAAAUGUUCGGAAUUCCGAGCCCGGUUGUUGUACGAUAACAAUCGAGCGAAUCGCGUGUGUAUAGACUGUUAUACGACACUGGUGGGAGUCCCGCCCUCUCCGGCAAGCUUGACCAAUAGUUCUCAGAGAAGACGCUCUAUUCUAGAGAAACAGGCCUCUGUGGCGGCGGAGAAUAGUGUCCUCUGCAGCUUCCUGCACCACAUGGAGAAGGGCAGUGGCCGCGGCUGGCAGAAGGCCUGGUUUGUCGUCCCUGAAAACGAACCUCUGGUGCUUUACAUUUAUGGUGCUCCACAGGAUGUGAAAGCCCAGCGCAGCAUCCCUCUCAUCGGCUUCGAAGUCUCCCUCCCCGAGUCAUGUGACCGUCUGGAGCGGCGCUACGCCUUCAAAAUGAGCCAGAGUCACCUGACUGUUUACUUCAGCGCCGAAGGAGAGGAGCUCCAGCGCCGCUGGAUGGAGGUGCUCUCCAGAGCCGGCAGAGGGGAGGAGCUACAAGUACACGGUCCAAUCACGGAGGCUCUGGAAGAAGAAGCAGAGGAACCGAGCUCUCUAGGAGAAAGCACAUGAUCGGUUUAUGAAAUCUCUCUCUUUUUAUUGCACACACAAACUGUACAAAUGUGACGAGAAGGACAGUUAUCUGCCAUAAACAUAGACACACAGUAAGACACACACAGACACAGACACACACACCUUCACAACUUUUACACCAACCUCUUCUAAUUCAGUCGUAAAUUGCAUGAAAUAUCUACAGCUAUGUUUCUCCGUGUAUUGACCCAUCCUCUGUGAGUGCGAUCGCCCUGCACAUGGUGCAUCAACGCUGUGUCAGUAUAGUCACCCUGCUUAAUAUUGUCUCUCCUCCUCCUCUUCUUCUUCCUCAUCCUCCUCUUCCUCAGCUGAGGAGAUCUCUGUUAGAUAGCUCUGCUCUCUUUUUUUUGUUGUUGUUGUUUUGUUUUGUUUUUUGCUGUGUUAUAUGACCGAUUUCUUGCCGGGUUUCAGUGCUCGUGCUUUCAUCUUGGGAGAAGGCGAUGUGAUCAGGCGACUUGAGUACAGAAUAACAAAACAUGAACAGAACAGAGAAGAGUGUAGUGCGGUGGGCAACAUUUCAUCUGGAAGGUUUACAGUUUUUAACAAAGAGCAAUCCACUGGCGCAGAUUUACAGGAAUCAUAGCUAAAAUAAACAAACUCUCUCGAAGGUUUAAUAUCUCGUUACUGAUGCGACUAGUGUGCAGGGUGUCCCAUAAAAAACGUGCAGGGUUUAUUUACAGAACCCCUAAUUUUUGCUCAAUACACAACUUUCUAUGAGUAACGUGAAAAUAUGUAUGAACCCUAUGAUGGUGGUAUGAACUUACGGGACACCUUGUACAAUAAUAAAUAAUAUAUAAUAAAAAUAUACAGGAUAUAUUACGCUUUAUGUUGGUCAGUAGUUUAUUGUAAAAGCAAAAGAUUUUUAAUUGUCUAAAUUAAUACGAUUCUAUAUUUUAGAGCACGAGGGGGGGUCAGGAAGGGCAUCUGGCGUUAAACCCUUGCCAAGUUGUUGUGCAGACCAGUUGGUCCACUCUGGUGACCCCUCACACGUGUAGGGAGCAGCCGAAAGUCUCACAAAGAAAUGGAGAAUGAAUCGAACUGUAAAAUUUUUACAUUUUAGUAGCAACAAAAAUAAUGUAUUGGUCUAAACAUUGAGUUAACUCUGAAAAUCAAGAUUAACAGAAAGAAUAGAAAUGUAUAAGAAACUUCCCAGUUCCAAAUAUAAUUCAAAGACCUUUCUUCUCCUCCUCCUUCUUCUUUUUCUCCUCCUCUUCCUCCUUCUUCUCCUUCUCCUCCUUCUUCUUCCCCAUUUUAGUUACUCAGACCCAUAUAAAGUACAGUAAUAUAUACUGCAUAUAUACAUUUAUAAUAAUAUUUACGUUUAUAAUAGUAUAUGAAAUAUAUUAGAUAACUUAAUUUAAUGAUUAUAAAAAUUCAGGAACGUAAACACGCCCUACAUUCCUGACUUCUCUUCUUCACAAUCCUAUAUUCAGUAUUAUAUAUAAUGCAGUAAUACUGAAAUAACACGGAGGACUCGCAUCUCUGCUGAAAUCGGUCAGGUUGACCUUUAACGCUGACUUGGCAUCUGUUUCUCCCAGACAAAACCCCCGAGCCAUGAAGUUAUAAACCGCAGAAAAACAGGCAACCUUCAGCAUCAGAUUGGGUCCAGUCUGCCACUCUGUGGGCAUUUAGUGCACUGCGUCCUUACGAUAUUCGGCUUACUACAACCGGAAUGGUCAGAGAACCUCUGCUAAAAUGUCGGAUUAAUGAAACUGUCAAUCAAACAACAGGGCUCAAAAUCAAUUAUAGUGCUAAUUCUCCUCCAAAAUUCUCCUCUAAGCUGAAAGAAAUGGACUAUUAAUACGAUCUUUGUAGAGUAUGCAGUAGUGUUUGAUUAGAUUUCGAUACUGGGAGACUUUGUAGACUGAGAGAGAGAGAGAGAGAGUGAGAGUGAGUGAGAGAGAGAGAGAGUGAGUGUGACGUCACGAAGCCGACGAAUUUUUAAUUAGUGAAAUUUCUGGCGUAUAAAUGUAAACAUGCGUUUUUUUUGAUAAGCAAAUGAAGAGUAUAUAUAAAUAAAACGUGACAGAGGUUUUGAUGAUAUUAUUGCGCAUUUUCAACAGUGUUGUAUUUGUGUAUGGAAAAAAAAAAAGAAACGUGGUAAAAGAUUACGAAAUUCACGUCUGUAAAUAUAUAAUUUAUUGCUCAGAACCCAGUUUUGUGGGUCAGGUGUUAUCUCCGAGCUCGGUGUUAAAAUUCAUUACGUGCCAUUUGGAUCGACAUCAGAGCAUCCUGUGGAGAGUGUGUGACUAUCUUUCCUUUCUUUCUUUCUUUCUUUCUUUCUUUCUUUCUAUCUUUCUUU